AUGGCUACUCCGCAGCAAUUGCGCGGUCGCUACGCUCACGCCCCCGGCCCUACGUUCCUCGCAUACACGCCGAACGGCAACAAGCUGAUCACAGCCGGUGUCGAUAACUUUUGCCGUGUCUUCACUACGGGAUCUGACGGAGAGCCCUCCAACAUCGACGACUGUCAAGAAAAUAAUCUGUCUAUUGCAGCUGGAGACGGAUUCUUCAUUACUGGAGCUGAAGAUGGGACGGUAAACAAAUACUCUAUUGGGAGUAGUGAUGGCGGAGACAUACUCUGGAGAAGCACACUUCCUGUUAGAGAUGUAGCGCUGAGUCCAGACGGACAAUGGGUUGCGGUCGCGAGCGAUGAGCUCGUUGUGUAUAUCAUAAACACGAAAGAUAUACAAAUAGUCAAGCGCCUCCGCGACCAGAACCGCUCCGUCAAACAUGUCUCCUUCAACAAGGGCGGCACGCAACUUGCUGUGUCCUGCGUGGACGGCAGCAUCUAUAUCUACUCGAUAGAUUCAGAACAACCGAAGCUUGUGCAAAAGGUGGACGAUAUGAUCAAGAGAUUGGAACCAGAGGCAGAGUCUAGCGCGAAGGUUCUGUGGCAUCCGGAUGGGAGAGCAUUUGCAACUCCAACCGCUCUUCGCGAAGUACAAGUCAUGUCAACGAACGAUUGGGAGAAGCAGAAGACCUUCAAGACCGAGCAUACGUCAGACAUUACUGCAGUAGCAUGGUCACCUAACGGCGCUCUCCUAGCCACAACUUCGAGCGACCUGACACUAUGCCUCUGGGACGCAAAGACGCAGAGCAUACUGAAGAAGUACGACGACAUCAAGGCUACCAUUCUAGCCAUGGCAUGGCAUCCCACUGAGAACAUCCUCUCCUACACCAACACCGAGGGCCAUCUGUAUAUUCAUACCGACUUCGUUCCUCAAGAGCACGAGGGCUUCCUGCAAAAGCCUGUGCAACCUGCCCCGUUCUUUCACGACCCUUCAGAAGGUCGUUCGAACGACCCAACGUCUAAGCUCACAAACGGCACAAAACAUGUUCUGCCCGAACGUCGGGCCAGAGCCGGCAGUGCAGACAGUCUCGAUGAUCUCUUAGGUGACGAGUUCAGAGACGACGAUGAAGAUAUGCCUGAUGAAGCGGAUGAUGGCUUUGUGAUCGAUGACGACGGUGCUGGCUACACUAACGGACACGGAAAGCGAACAAAUGGUCACUUAGAGCCUCUUGAAUCCAUUAGUAAACGACGUCCUACUGCUCCUGCUUUCCAGCCUCAGAUCCACGAACCUUUCCAACCUGGCGGAACUCCUUGGCGCGGUAACCGGCGCCUUUUGUGCUGUUCGCUUAUUGGCUACGUGUCUACUAUAAGUCAAGAAGGCACACAUUACACAGCUGAAGUCAAGUUCUACGACGAACAAGCGCACCACAACUUCAAAUUUACCGACGUCUUCGGCUAUGAUAAAGCUGCGCUGACUGAGCACGGCACAUUGUUUAGCUGCCAACCGAAAGAUGACACUCCUGCUAUGAUCUACUACAGGCCACACGAAACAUGGACGAACCGGGCAGAUUGGCGCACGAACUUGCCGGCUGAUGAGUCUAUCACUGCCAUUGCACUGUCAGAAUCAUAUGUCGUUGUGACGACAAGCGCGAAUUAUGUCCGAAUCUACUCGCUCUUCGGCCUACCCAUCCGCGUCUACCGACAGAAGGCAUCGCCUACAGUAACAUGUGCGGCAUGGCGUGACUACGUUCUGACUAUCGGCAACGGUCCUGUCGGCGGAGAUGGCACGUCUCAGCUAUUGUACACGAUCGAAAACGUGAAGCGCGACGAGAUAUACCAGUCCGAAGAUAUCGUAGCGCUUCCACCCAACACUACUCUGACAUCAGUCUUCUUCUCUGCAGACGGCGAUCCAUACAUAUACGAUUCUGAUGGUGUCUUGCUGACGCUCCUGCACUGGCGCACGAACGGCCAAGCAAGAUGGGUACCCAUGUUAGACACGAAGUGUCUGUCGCGGAGAGCAGGUGGCGGAAAGCAGGAGAGUUACUGGCCGGUUUGCGUUUCUCGGGAUGCAGACGGUAAGCACGUCUUCCAUUGCAUGAUCAUCAAAGGAAGCGAAAAGCACCCUACCAACCCGCCACCAAUGCUGAGCGAGUUCGCGCUCGAGAUCCCUCUGUCGUCUUCAAUCGACAAGAGCCGAGAAGGAAAGGACCGGGACGUGGACGCAAUGUUCGAUGACGAGGAGGACAGCGCUGCUAAGAAGCCGGAAAACAAACAGCAGCAACACGAACAAGACUUUGUUCUCUCUUCUGCGCUUCAUGCGCAGCUCUCAGAUUCGUUAUCCCACACACGGCCCACAGCCCAUCAAAAACAAGAUCUGGUCAGUCUGGAAGUCCAGAUCGACCGAUCGCUGUUGCAACUCCUGGGCCUAGAGUGUCUUGCGGGCGAAGAUAGGGGUAUGAAGGCACUGGAGCUUGUAACGCUGAUGCACGAUGCAAAUGGCAAGAUGCUCGAUCUCGCUGGAAAGGUCGCGCAGAGAUAUGGCAGGGACAUGCUUGGAGAGAAGAUACAGGAACUGGCAGAAAAGAAGCUUUUAGCGGGUGCCGAGGAAGAGGAGGAUUUUUGA